CAUAGGCAGUUAGUGACGUUCCUUUGUUUGUGCUGUCCGAGUAGAUUGCGCGGCAUUAUAAAUAAUCACGAUAAAAUACGAAAAAAAAAGUUUAUCAUAUUUUUAUACCUUAUUAAGGGUGUGCAAAUUUAAUUGUAUUUCAUAGUUUAAAUAUUUUUAUAGUCAUAAAUAGUGAUUUCGUAUUGAAAUUAUUAAGAGUAGUGGACGGGUCGCUGUGAUCAUCCCCGAGGCUGGUGGUGAGAGGAAUGCGGAGCCGGUAGCAGUAUGGAGACGCUGCUGUGUCUCGCGGUGACCCUGGCGGCCGCGCGACCCACUCUCGCCCAAGCUAUCCAAGAUAGUCGAUGUUAUUUGAUGAACGGUGGCGCCGUGGAGAGUUUCUUCAUCAGCGAGGACACGCCGGUCGGCAGUAUUAUUGGAACACUAUCAGUGAACGGUGACCCCGGUGAUGAGGGCGACAUCAGUCUUCGGGUCCAGGAGCGCAAGCCGGCCGUGGCGCUAGUCCCGGGGUCCAAGAACGUCACCCUGACCCGCGCCCUCGACCGAGAGGAGAAGACCGGACCCUCCAGCGUCUACGUCAACGUGCGAUGUGACAGACGACACACCACAGACCCGAGCUUCGUGAUCCCGGUGUCGGUCCGUGUGUGGGACGUCAACGACAACGCUCCGUCGUGGUCGGGCGCGCCGUACAGGGCGCGCGUGUCGGAGCUGGCCGCCGUGGGCACACGCCUGCUGACGGCGCGGGCGCACGACCCCGACCAGCCCGGGCCGCACGCCACCGUCAGAUACUCCGUGCUGCCCGGACCCGCCGCGGAGUACGUGGGGUUCCCGAGCGAGCUGGACGGCGCGCUGGUGGUGAGGAAGCCGCUGGACUACGAGACCGCCACCAACCUCACGGUGACUCUGAGGGCGCAGGACGGCGGCUCCCCGCCCCGCCACAACGACACCACCCUCACCAUCGUCGUCAUGGACGCCGACGACCAGAACCCGACCUUCACACACGAUCACUACAGCGCGGUCAUACCCGAGGACGCGCGGGAGGGUACGAUCCUCGAGACGUUCCCGGGGCCCGUGGCGGCGCACGACCAGGAUCGGGGGAUCAACGCUCCCGUCACGUACAGCGUGCGAGCCUCCCCCUCUCCCGCCGACAACAACACCGCCCUAGUCCGACUGCACAAGGACAGCGGCGAGCUGAGCGUCACCGGCGACCUGCUGCGGGCCAGCCUCCCCACCACCAUCGUCAUACAGGCCACUCAGGUAGACAACCCGGACCGCUACGCCCUGGCCACCCUGUCCGUGUCCCGUGCCGGCUCCGGGUCCGUUUCGUUCCCGCGGCGCCUCUACUCCGUGUCGGUGCGCGAGGACUCCGCCCCCGGGAGCGUGCUGCUGUCGCUGGAGGCCCGGGGCCAGGGGCCGCUGCAGUACUUCGUAUCGGACCGCAGCUUCCUGCAGCAGUUCGCCAUCAGCGAGGCAGGCGAGCUGCUGCUGCGACGAGCGCUGGACCGGCUCGUCAGACACUACGACUACCAGGUCAUGGUCACCGACGGACGGACGAACGACACGGCUCACAUCAACAUAUCGGUGGAGGCGGUGAACGAAUGGGAGCCGCGGUUCAAGCACGCCCAGUACUCGUUCGUGGUGGAGCGGCCGACGGGCGAGGGCCGCGUGCGGGUGGGGCGCCUGCACGUGCACGACGGCGACCCCGAGGACCGCGUGUCGGUGAAGGUGGCGGGCCCGGACGCCGCCGCCGUCACCGUGGACGACGCCGGGGACGUGUUCGUGUCCGCGCCCGCCCUCAGGAACAUGCGCUCCGACACGCUGCACCUCGUCGCCACCGCCGUCGACUCCGGCACUCCGCCCAGACAGUCGUCCGUGCCGCUGUCGGUCCGCGUGUCUCCCCCCGCCCCCACGUCUCCCCCCGGCGCCGCCUCCCUCCUGUCCAGUGUGGGCACGUCCGUGUGUGUGUCUGUGUCGUCGCUGGUGCUGCUGGCCGUGCUGCUGCUCUUCCUCCACAGGCUCAGAAAAAAACGCCAAGUGAAAGACAAGAGCUCGAGCAGCACGCUUCCUGAGAAGACGGCUCCCGUCAGCACGUCCGUCAGCUCCGUGGGCACGGAGGGUGGCCCGGCGGUCCCCGGCGGCCCGAGCGGCCCGGGGGGCUCGCUGCAGAGUGUGUCGGCCGGCGCCAGCAGCAUCCUGGCCGCCUCCACCACCAGCCUCGAGCUGCACGACAAACAGACACAGCCGGCGGGGGUGCCCGGGCUGCUGUCCGACCACCUGGCGGGGGGAGCGGGGAGCGCGGGGCGGUCGGGGGUCGCCUGGCCCAGCGCCACCAUCCCCGCCAGGGUCAAACAACUCAGCUGGGAGGCGGACGAAACGCGCCCCCACACGGACGGGAACAUGAACCUCACCGUGUACUUCUAGAGGACACAGAACAACCCUCGUAGAAAAACAUCGUUAGUCGUGAAACCAAAAUGAACCUAAUCUAUUCGGAGAAGAUUUAGAUCACAAACGCUCACCAGUACUCAUUAAUUUCUAUUUAAAUUAAUUGAGGUUGUAAUGUAACGAACGAGGAGAUACAUCAGGGUGAUCGUUGUAUAGUUGUAAUAAAGAAAAUAGAAUAUAAGUGUUAACGAAUUACCUAUAAGGAUAAGUGACCCGACCAACAUAAUAAUAUGAAUAAAAAAUAAACAUUGAUUAUGAGACCAACAUUCUAGAAGUAAUUUAUCAAGGCACGAGGAGACACACCGACCGACUGACUGACUGUUACCGGUUACGUUCCCUCCGUGAUAGAGAUGCUCCUCCGGUACUCGCCGCCCGUGACACAUCCGUCCGCGACGCUUCAUAUAAACUAUUAUUGAUUGUUACUUGUAUAAUAUCAUUAAAUAAAUUAUUGUUAUCCUGUAUUUUUGUUAA